AUGAAUGCUAAUCCCACCCAAGAAUUUCAUCUCGAGGAGUUCAAAGUAGUUAUCGAUCAAAUGCAUCCUGAUAAGUCUCCGGGUCAGGACGACUACAAUCCGAAGCUCAAGCGUGUCCUUCCUCAUCUUAUUGAUCAUGCCCAGUCAAUGUUUGUUGAAGGUCGUCUCAUUCAAGAUAAUAUUCUUAUAGCCUUUGAAGCCAUCCACUCUAUGAAGAGGAAAACAAGGGUCUUACGUCGUUUGGGUUUUUGUGACAAGUGGCGCGGAUGGAUGAAUUUAUGCGUCCAUACUGUUACUUAUGAAGUUCUUAUUAAUGGUUCUCAUGUGGGUCCUAUUGUGCCGGGAAGGGGGCUUCGACAAGAAGACCCUCUCUCCCCCUAUCUCUUUAUUCUCUGUGCGGAGGGCUUAUCAGCGAUGAUACGCUAUGAAACUGACCGUGGGAAUCUCCACGGGAUUCAAAUGGGGCGUGGAGGUCCUGCCAUCUCUCACUUCAUGUUUGCCGAUGAUUGCAUCUUUUUUUGUCGUGCUUCUACUGUGGAAUGUAGAAUUCUUAAGAGGGUGUUGGGUGAUUAUGAAGCUGGGAGGAUCGCCUUUUCUUUGAAUACUGGACGUUACUUGGGUCUCUCAUCUCUUAUUGGGAGAAAGAAAUUUGAGAUCUUCCAAUAUCUCUGUGAUCGCAUGUGGGAACGCAUCCAAGGUUGGAACGGGAAGAAACUCUCUAAAGCGGGAAAAGAGAUCCUCAUUAAGGGAGUUGCUCAAUCUAUCCCGUCGUUUUGCAUGGCUAUUUUUGCUCUCCCUACUAGCUUUACUGAUGAUAUAGAGAGGUUGAUGAACAAGUUUUGGUGGAAUAAUAAGUGUGGUGGUGAGAAAGGCAUACAUUGGAUGCGGUGGGAAAGACUUUGUGUUGAUAAACAGUUAGGGGGUCUUGGCUUCCGUAGCUUACAACUUCUUAACACUGUUAUGCUUGGUAAAACUUGUUGGAGGCUUAUCGAUGACCCCGACACGUUGGUUUGUCGUGUCCUGAAAGCCAAGUAUUUUCGUUCUUGUGGGUUUUUGGACGCUAAAGUUGGUAACAACCCUAGCUUUUUGCUCGGUGCAAGAUCUGGUUCGAAGGGGUGUUAG